UGAAAAUGGUGACUUGUUACUGUUUAGUUUAUCGGUUUGUUCCAAAACCUCCUCUACAGGCGUGGGAAUCUCCCCAAAGCAAAGAAUUCAGUGAGUUUCUCUGCGACUGGCUUGUCUGCCCGGACGCUGCUUUCCCCCACGGUCGGUUUGGUUUGUUUGAGCUGGUGGCUGGUUCUCCCGGUGGCUGCUCCAGAGCUGGCGGCGAAGCACCGAUCCUGCCGAUCUGUGACGGCGGCAGGAGCGCCCCCUGCUGCACCUCACCCGUGUGUUCCCCUCCACAGGGAGACGCUGGAUUUCCCCCGCAGCUGGCUCCUGCCGGUGAUCCGGGACCACGUCCAGGGCACGCGGCUCAGCUUCUUCACCAGCUAUUUCCUGCCCCUGGCGGCCACCCUGAAAAGCAGAGCCGCGGAGCUGGCCCAGGCCGGGAAGAGUCUGGAGUCCAAGAUCUAUGACACGCUGCAGUGGCAGAUCUGGACCAUGCUGCCUGGCUUCUGCACCAGGCCCACGGACGUGGCGGCCUCCUUCAAAGGGCUGGCGCGGACGCUGGGCACGGCCGUCAGCGAGCGGGCAGACCUGCGGCUCACCGUCUGCCAGGCCCUGCGCACGCUCAUCAGCAAGGGCUGCGAGACGGACGCCGAGCGGGCGGAGGUCGGCCGCUUCUCCAAGAACUUCCUGCCCAUCCUGUUCAACGUGUACAGCCAGCCGGGGGAUGCUGGGGGCAGCGCCGCCGAUCGCCGCGCCGUGCUGGACACCAUCCGCACCUACCUGACUAUCACUGAGCAGCAGAUGGUGUGCGGGUUCCUGGAGAAAGCCAGCGAGAAACUGACCGGCCCCGAGAGCACGGAGUUCACCAGGCUCUCCAUCCUGGACCUGAUAGUGGCCAUGGCGCCCUAUGCCGACGAGCCUUCCCUGGGCACCCUGUACCGCACCAUCCAGCCCUCCCUGCAGAGCAAGGAGCACGGGGUGCAGAAGAAGGCGUACCGCGUGCUGGAGGAGGUGUGCGCGGCCCCCCGGCCCCCCUGCCAGGCCUUCGUCCGCAGCCACCUGGAGGAGCUGAAGAGAGAUCUGCUGGGCUCCCUGCAGAGCGCCGCCUCCCCCGCCAAGAGGCCGCGGCUAAAGUGCCUGUUCCACAUUGUGAAGCAGCUGACGGCCGAACACGAGGACUUCGUGGUGGCCCUGGUCCCAGAGGUGAUUCUCUGCACCAAGGAGGUGUCGGUGGGGGCCCGGAAGAACGCCUUCCUGCUGCUGGUGGAGAUGGGGGAGGCCUUCCUCCGCUUCGGCCCCACGCCGCAAGGGGCCAUGCAGCGGUUCCUGCCCCUGGUCUACGCGGGCCUGACGGGCUCGGUCACCAUGAUCAGCUGCACCUUGCUGGCGCUCACCCGCCUCCUCUUCCAGUUCAAAGAUCACAUGGGGCUGGCGGUGGUGGAGCAGCUGCUGCAGAACGUCUGCCUGCUGCUGGGCUCGCGCACGCGGGACGUGGUCAAGGCGGCGCUGGGCUUCCUGAAGGUGGCGCUGCUGCUGGCGGACGCCCAGCUGCUGGCCAAGCACGUCCAGACCAUGCUGGAGGCCGUGGGGCGCCUGACGGACGACAUGAGGCGUCACUUCCGCAUGAAGCUGAGAAACCUCUUCACCAAGUUCAUCCGGAAGUUCGGCUUCGAGCUGGUGCGGGGGCUGCUGCCCGCCGAGUACCACAAGGUGCUGCUGAACAUCCGCAAGGCCGAGGCCCGGAGCCGCAAGCAGCGAGCCCUGAAGCAGGCGGUGGCCGCGAGCGAGGAGGAGGCGCCGGUGCAGCCCAGGGGAGACAGCGUGGAGGAGCUCCUGGCCGACUCAGACUCGCAGCAGGAGGAGGACGAGAGGCGUGGCGGCAGAGAGCAGAGGAAGCAGGCGCGGCAGAAGAGCCAGGCCUGGCUGAAGGAGGGCGAAGGGGACGAGCCCCUCAACUUCCUGGACCCCAACGUGGCCCAGAGGGUGCUGGCUACGAAGCCGGGCCGCGGCAGGGCCAGGGGAGCGAGCCAUGACUUCAAGGUGUCGGCGGACGGGCGCCUGAUUAUCCGCGAGGGCCCCGAGGAUGAGGACGACGAGGGAGCCAAAGGAGUGGAUGAGGAGAUGGCCGACCUGAUGCAGGAAGUGGGGAUCCAGAGCAGGAAGGCUCAGAAGCGCCGGUUCCGGGAGGAGGCGGAGGACGAGGAGCCGGAGGAUGGGACUCAGGCGCCCUACAAAGCUGGAGGCUCCGGCAUCCACCGGCGACUGGGCGCAGGGCCGGCACUUGGGGCAGACUACAAGGCCAAGACAGGCCGCGGUGACGUGAAGAAGAAAGGCCGGCUGGACCCCUACGCCUACAUCCCGCUGAACAGAGCCAAGCUCAACCGAAGGAAGAAGGCGAAGAUGCAGGGACAGUUCAAGGGGCUGAUGAAGGGGGCCCAGCGGGGUGCUCAGACCGGCCGCAGACACCGCCAGAAGGAGCGUCGCGUCUGAGGUUUUGAACGCCCCUUCCCCUCCGCCCCCACCAGCCCUGAAGACCCUCCCAGGCCGGACCCUGUUUCCUGCCCGCCCAGAGUCCCGUCGGCCCGUCCUGGGGCUGGUGGUUGUGGGGCAGGGUGGGGGCUCAGCGUGGCCCUGGCAGCAGGAGAUGGACACUGGCUGUGUGAGGUUUGUUGAGAGCCACCGGCGCCCCCCUUGUUCCGGACACUGGUGGGCUCGCAGCGGCAGCUGGGCCUCCGUUUUGGGGAGGAGGAGGCUGCCUGGGCACGGAGCCAGGCUGGGGACCUGGGCGAGCCAGUGACUGGCUGCAUUGGACUAGCAUGGUGAGAAAUAAACACGGUGCCCACCUCA